GUACGCUCAGCACAGCCAUGUACAGCUUCGAUAUCCGCCUAUGCGUUGCAGACAAAGACAAUGCUUAGUUCCGUAUCCGACAAACCUGUACACAUCCUCGGACUCAUCGCGACACGCGACGAAUCGAACACGCAGCUGGCCUCGAAGCGGAAGAGGGGCUCCCUCGGCGGACUCGGACUGGACACUGCGCCAUUCACGAUCAAACCAUGCCCGGAGUCUCCAUACGCCAAGUCUUCAACCUUUAAACCGGUACGAAUUAUUAGUCGCUCUCAGCUGCCACUUUCCUUCCUCGACACCGCCGUUGCCGAGCAAUUUCCUCCGACUGGCUUAUUCACAGCACGUAUCGAUGUGCUAGAGCAAGAUGAUGUCGAUCGAGGGCGAGAAGCGUCAGCAUCUCGGGUGCUCGUUGCACAACAUGAGACAAGUCGAGCACUCUAUGCUAUAGAACGAGUCCAAGCCCGGGUGUACAGCAUAUGCAGGCUCGCGCCGUGGCUGGAAGAGAAGGAAAUGGCAGAGCUUUGGGAUCCAACCAAUGCCUCGACACACCCUACGCCUUCAGCUUUCUUGUCAGAUCGCGACCCUGGAGGACCGUGGUGGCAAGAUGCUGUAGCAGAGACACAGCUUGUUGAACGGCGUGUGAAGCGUGCAAGGCUGUCCAUGGUACGGCGGACUGCGGAGACAGUGGAAAUCAAGUCAGAGCCUCAAAAAGAACCGAACAGUAUCACGACGCCGCCAGUACAGAUAGGGGUUUCGACUGGGCCUGAAGCUAUUCAGGAAGUUCCCGUACAGAUUCUCGCCCCUCCAGAGCAGCUCGACCUGCUGGUCCAACAGUACCUUGAGGCGGUCUACACAUCGAAGACCUCACUAGCUUACUUUGCCAAAGGACCUGUUACACGAAUACGCAAUGCGUUCACCUCACCUGACGAGGGGGCACCACCGACACAUGAGCUCGUUACCUUCUUGAGGUCAAUGCUCCUAAGUCCUAAGGCUAGCGAGAAAAAAUACUACGAGAAGCUACCCGCGAUCAUCAAGGCCAUACCCGUAAGCGUAGCCUCAGACGAAGAAGCAACUACGAAACCCAGCCAGGCUAAGAAAUCGAGGAAGAAAACAAAGCUCAGUCGUGAUGGCACCUAUCCCUCCGAAGAUGUUUUCAUUCAGCGGUGGUGGCGAUCUGAGAUGCCCAACGCUGAUCUCGCUGGCCGGGAGAUGAUGGAGACGCGCAUCAGGCGAAGGAUCGGUGACCUUAGAGUCCGCGAGACGCUUGCGCAAUUGAUGCUCAUGCUUGAGGUUAUCGCACUAGAAUCAAUGAUGACCUACAAAGGGCCUGCAGAAACCGGACCGCCAGUGGGCGAAAGCGAGCUACAAGAGGACUCGCAAGCCCAACCGAAAAAGCGCAAGAAGAAGCUUGAUGAUAUUGCGCUUCAGCUGGACCUAUUACUGGAUAAGCUAAGCAUUUGGCACGCCACAGAGGAGGUUGGCAUAUUAGACUACGACUCCAGGGCGACGAAACAGCAGGACAGCGCGGGUUUGAAUGAGAAGAAUGGAAGCGAUCGGUUGCACGGCUUCUGUGUCGAAGUCAUCGUUCCUUUCUACAUGAGCCGACUGCCGGAUCAGGCUUUUACUAUUAACAAGAAGCUUGGGGGACCCGCAAUCGCAUCAUCAAAGCGGAAAGCGAUGAGGCCGCCACUUACCUCCAAAAAGUCUGGGGAGUCUAAAGAACCAGAGACGAAGAAGUCACGUCGAUCGCUGGCUAGAGUAGCUACUGACACUACCGGCAAGACCGGACGAAAGGAAACACCUUCUCUGGCUCGCUCUGCUACAGAUACAGCGCUGCUCCGACAGCAAAGCAUCAAACGAGAAACAAGUGAGGCACCAUUGUCUGCCAUGCCGUUCAAGCGCAGCCCAUCGAGAGCUAGACAGUCAAUGUCACAGCUACGACAUCUCCAAGGACGUGAGAUGGACUUCACAGCAACGUCAGCUGCUGCCGCCGCGAAGUUGAAGCACAAGGCAAGGGUUGAAGACGAUCUCAAGGAGGCUAUUGCUACCCUCAAGAAGCCGAAUCGUGACCUGGCUGCUGGGAGCUAUAUGGCAGAGAUUGAGAAGCGUGGACUUGGCUCAGUGAACCGGUCGAGGAAGCAGGCCAAUCCUGUGCGAAAGGUAGUGAAGGAUGUGCAGGUGACUGCGACUCCUCGAGUUGCUCGACGCACGAAGAACGUGAUUGAGCAGACACCAGUACAUUAUCACCAGGAUCCUUUCGUACGGUCGGCUGCAACGGAAGUAGUACCUACGAGCGAUUUCUUCAUUCCGUCUUCUGGUAUCCGUCAAUCAUCCUCCGUUGUACCGGGUACGAUUCAGCGUAGUGUAACGGCCCGAGAGCUAGCUCAGCCAGGAAUUGCCGAAACACCGUCCAAGGCGCCGACGACGAAAUUGUUCACCUCAGGGCCGGUUCGUAGAACGAUCUUUGCAACUCCUGUAAAGAGUUCGACUCAGUUCUUCGACGCAGACCCUCGCCCAACUUUGAAUAUCUUCGAGACUCCCGUGAAAGCUGUACGCAGCUCACAACCCACUGAUAACCACGCGAUGCAACCGGUCGUCGCAACAACACCUUUGAAAGCGACAGUCUCAAGCGAGGAUGUCGCACCGAUUGCUUUCGCAACCCCAGCUAAGCAAGCAGAAGAGCCAUCGAUCUACGAUGCUUUGGGCUGGAAUGAUGAUGAUGAUGAUGACUUUGCUUGAGAGCCCAUGGUUUUGUAUUACAUUUAGCAUAGCAAGCAUGGAAUGGGGUUUGCAUUGGGACGGUGCAUUGAGUGGCGCAAGGACUUGCUAUAUUGAUACAUUAUACACGCAGCAGCAUGGCGUUCUAGAGUCGUGCCAUAUGAAUAGAUGCUCGAGACAUCACG